AUGAAGGUGCUCAUCGACAUUGGCAAACCCCGCGCCUGGCAAGAUGAGACCUGGACGUUUGCGAAAGGAACGGGGAAGCGGAAAGAUUGGCAGGACGAGGAUAUUCGGAGCUGCUCAAUGAAGUCGGCGAACAGUGGAGAUCGGUACAUAGUCUGUCAUGCUGGUGGCAGAGAUGGCUUCAUACCGAAUGCUUCUCUGUUCUUACGUUCUUGUAAGAAUCCCAAACCCACCGAUGAUUACCACGGGGAUAUGAAUUGGGACAAUUUCAUUAAAUGGAUUGAUGAGCAGCUCGUACCAAAUCUUCCCGAACCUUCUGCGAUUAUCGUCGAUAAUGCCUCAUAUCAUUCAAAGCAACUCCACUUGUGGCUAGAGAAACACAAGAUUCCCUUUGACUCCACGGGGACGAGGAAGGAGUUACUCCUCUUAUGUAAAGCCAACAAGCAGCCUGUCAGGUACGAGCUCGAUGAAUAUGUGGCAUCGAAAACACCUCAUGAAAUUGUACGCCUUCCCCCUUAUCACUGUCAGUACAAUCUGAUCGAAAUGAUUUGGUCGCUAGUCAAGCGCUAUUUCGAUACUCAUGUCGGACGUGAUAAUGAUUUCUCCGAGGCGAACACGCGAAAGAUCUGGGCUGAAGCCCUUGUUUCAAUCACACCUGAACAGUGGAGGACAUGUUGUGAGCACGCAGAACGUAGGAUUUUGGAGGAUUAUGCAAGGGAAGUGGGCGAUGACAUUGAGCCCUCCUAUGAAAUCCACAUCCCCUGUCCCAAUGAGGACUUCAUCGAUGAUGAGGAUUUGGAAGUGAUGGAGUUUCUCGAGGAAGAUUAA